UAUGGAACAUACAAAAUCAUUAAUUGAUGUUGAUAAUGAAUUGAAAAAAUUACAAGAAGACAAGGAAAUACUUAAAGAAAGACAGGAAAAAGUUGCUCAAGCUAAAGAAGAUUUUAAAAGGCGGGGAGAAGAAUAUAGAGAAAAAAUGAAAAAGGAAAAAGAAAAGAGUGAUGAAAUUGAAAGGUAUCGUCACCAUGCAGCAAAAUGUAAAGAUAAAUUGAGCCAAUAUUCUAAAGAAAAACCUAAUUUGGAAGCAGCACAAGCAGCCUAUAAUGAAGCUUCAAAUAAAAUUUUGGAGACCGCGAUUGGUGAUUUUGAGAAGCUUGUUGACUCUAUGGAAAAUCAACGUGAUCCAAUAAAUACAAUAGCUAUAAAUUGUGAUGAACAUGCAAGAUUAAAAUCUAGACUAAAACAACUUAAGGCCGAAAAAGAUUUUUUUGACCAAGUUCAUCAAGCGAAUAAGGAAGAUUAUCAACAAAAAUUAAAAAGACGUUUAGAGGCCAAAGAGGAAGUUGAAUAUAGAAAAUCAGUUUUUAAACAAGUUGCUGAAUGUUCACCACCUGGAAGUGGAGGGGAAGUAACUAAUGAUGAUAAAAGAAAAUUUGAAAAAAUUUUGAAGGAAUUUGAAGAAAAGCAAAUUCCUGAUGAUUUGGAAAGUAUAGAGCUUAAAAAUGCGGAGGAAAGGAAAAAAUCUUCAAAAGAUAGACAAGAUGGAACUGAAAAGGAUGCAGAUGAAUACGAAAAAUUUUUGAAGGAAAGAGAAAUUCUUGUAAAAAAUAUACGUUUGGCUACAGAAAAGAAUGACAGAUGGAAGAAUAAAAUGGAUACAGAAUUAGCUUCAUGGUUAGAACAACUCAGGCCAAUGAUUGAUUCAAUUAAUGAAAAAUUUUCUCAAUUUUUUGCAACUCUUGGAUGUGUUGGUGAAGUGAGAUUUGAUGAACCGGAAAAUAAAGUAUUUAUAUUUUUUUAA